AUGCCACAUCAACCCCGUUCAUCAAAUUCCUCCUUUAAUUACCCUUUUCCAUAUGCCUUUGUUCCUCCGUCAAACAACGACAACCCCCUCACUUCGCCACUCACAACUACAGAGACGCUCUCACCAAAUCCAUUAUCUUUUUCCAAGGCCAAAGAUCAGGGAAACUUCCGCCUAACCAGAGAAUCUCUUGGAGAAGAGACUCUGUUUGGUUUUCCUAUGGCUUUUACCACCACAAUGCUUUCAUGGAGUGUUAUUGAGUUUGGCGGGUUGAUGAAAAGUGAGUUGUCGAAUGCUAAAGAAGUUGUUCGUUGGGCUACUGAUUAUCUUCUUAAAGCCACUGCACAUCCAAACACCAUUUACGUUCAGGUGGGUGAUGCUAAAAAGGACCAUGCUUGUUGGGAGAGACCAGAAGACAUGGACACUCCAAGAAGUGUUUUUAAGGUUGAUGCAAACGCACCUGGCUCGGAAGUUGCGGUGGAAACUGCUGUGGCAUUAGCGGCGGCUUCUCUUGUUUUCAGAAGAAGUGAUCGAACAUACGCCAAGAUUUUAGUAAGAAGGGCCAUCAGAAUUGGCGACUCUGCUGGGGAAUGA